UGUAGAUGUACUGGGUAAUGCUCAGUUUGGACCAGGAUCAGGACCAAUCUGGAUGGAUGAUGUGGACUGUAAUGGAUCUGAGUCUACACUGAAGAACUGUAGAUCACCAGGUUGGGGUAAACAUAACUGUAAUCAAACUAGAAAUGCUGGAGUCAUCUGCUCAGGAGUCAGACUGGUUGGUGGUCCUCGCUGCUCUGGGAGAGUGGAGGUGCUUCAUGGGAAGAACUGGGGCACAGUGUGUGAUGCUGACUUUGACCAGCAGGAUGCAGAGGUUGUGUGUAGAGAGCUGGACUGUGGACCUCCUGUGGAGAUGCUGGGAGCAGCUGCUUUUGGAAGAGGGGAGGGCCAGGCUUGGACAGAGGAGCUUCAGUGCAGAGGCAACGAAUCUCAGAUUCACCUCUGUCCAAAAUCAUCUACACUGAAUCACAAGUGCUUUAAUGACAGUGGUAUUGGACUAGUGUGUGGUGACAGUGUGAGGCUGGUGGAUGGUGGCAGUCGCUGUGCUGGGAGAGUGGAGGUUCUUCAUAGAGGACAGUGGGGAACAGUGUGUGAUGAUGACUGGGAUAUGAGAGAUGCUGCAGUGGUGUGUAGUGAGCUGGGCUGUGGGGAGGCUGUAGAUGUACUGGGUAAUGCUCACUUUGGACCAGGAUCCGGACCAAUCUGGAUGGAUGAUGUAGACUGUAGUGGAUCAGAGUCUACACUUAAGAACUGUAGAUCAGCAGGGUGGGGUAAACAUAACUGUAAUCAAACUAAAAAUGCUGGAGUCAUCUGCUCAGUUAAUAUAUUAGGAGUCAGACUGAUUGGUGGUCUUCGCUGCUCUGGGAGAGUAGAACUGUUUCAUGGGAAGACCUGGGCCACAGUGUGUGAUGCUGACUUUGACCAGCAGGAUGCAGAGGUUGUGUGUAGAGAGCUGGGCUGUGGGGCUCCUGUGGAAGUGCUGGGAGCAGCUGCUUUUGGAAGAGGGGGGGGCCAGGUGUGGACAAAGGAGCUUCUGUGUAGAGGCAAUGAAUCAGAUAUUCACUCCUGUGAAACAUCAUCUAAACUAAAACAUGACUGCUCCCAUGACAAUGAUGUAGGAGUAGUGUGUGCUGACAUUGUGAGACUGGUGGGUGGUAGCAGUCGCUGUGCUGGGAGAGUGGAGGUUCUUCAUAGAGGACAAUGGGGAACAGUGUGUGGUGAUCAUUGGGAUAUGAGAGAUGCUGCAGAUCAGGACCAAUCUGGUUGGAUGAUGUGA